AUGGACGAGUUUCUCAGGGUGCGCGAAAAGGACGGUACUGGAGAAGACUCUCAGGACUCGGAAUUCCUUCUGCUCACGUUUGCAGCGCUGUCCAUGUACGGCAAUGUCGUGGACACUCUUGUGGAUCAGACCGUACCCAUCUCGCAGGAUCUGUACUACUGGCAGGAUGUUCACGACUCGUGGUACCGACUGGCAAUGCUGUUGGUUCAGACCGGCCCCAUUCGAAUCUUAUCGCUCGCCAGAGACAUCUACAAACGAUAUGAUUCCGUGGGCCGAAUCUGGGAUCGACUCAAGUUGACCGCCAAGAAGUUGUUUGAGGUGGUAAAGAGCGGAGGGGGGGUUCUGGUAGCGUCCUCUCUGCACGACGAGACAUCCUUGCGGUUCAGAACGUCUGUGUUCAUGUCCAAACCGCCUCUUUCGUUUGCCACAAGCCUACUGCUGUCUCCCAUUUCGGCCGUGAGACGCCAGGCACGAGAGAACCAUACCCAAUUGGCACAUAUCAAGAACUCACACGCUGCCGAUCUCGGUAGACUUGCUACGACACUAUUCUCAACAUCCAACACAGGCCCUUCUUCGUUCCUGGAUGAGGGGGUGCCCAAGAUCACGACGACGGCAGGACAGAACUGGAAAGAGAGCGUCGUCAAAAGCAUUGACGCAAUGACACAGACUCUGGGAUCAGGUAAGGAGACUAAAACCCUUGAUAUUACAAAAUCUGACACCGACAUCACUGGUCUUGCAACUGAGAUCAUCCAACUGUCAAAACUGUUGUCAGAUCACUCAGAACAGCAUAAGGAGGAUAUUCGCAAGUUUGGAAAACCGUCGUACUGGGUGCGGAUGUGGCCCACUUACAUUGUGGGGUCUGUGGCAACUGUCUUCACUCUGCUUUCGUUUCUCCACAACUGGCAGGCGAUUGUGGACUGGUUCCGAACGUCGGUAGUGUCAACCAUCCAGCUCUUCUUCCAGAAUUGGAUUGUUUCCCCAAUCAAGCAAAUCAUUCACACUAUUAGACACGACAACUCAUCCCAGAUUGCAGUCAUUUCCAAGCGAGCUCUACAGGCUGAUAUGGACUCUCUCGAGCGUAUGGUUGUGCAGUUUGCGGUCGAGAAUGACACACCUCCUCCUCCUGGGCUUCAUUGGACCAAGGAGGACAUUCAACAGGUCAAACAGGGUGUUCAGCAGGGAGAUAUCACUCCCGUGCUGAAGUCGUAUGAGAAGGAGAUCAUGACUCCCGUCAAGUCUCUAAUUGGCGGCUCUCUAAUCACUUCGUUGUUGAUACAGGUACAGAAGACCAAGGUGGACGUGGAGGUGGCCAUCUCCGGUAUUGAUCAGAUCCUCAAGAGUCAGGAGUUGGUGUUUGGAAUCAUUGCUGCUCUUCCGUCGUUUUCAGUCACUUGGUGGGUCUUCCAGUGGUUCACAGGUACAUUGCUGGGUCGACGACGGGCUUCUUUGGGCCUGAAGCGACAGAACUCCAAGGAUAUUGCUACUGAAACUCUUGGACGAAUUGACCGAGUCUUGUCUCUGCCUUGCACUUCUGUGGAGGAGACCAAUACCAAGGUAGGACUCAUUCUCUGUGACACUCAUCUGUUGAGAAGCAUUGGUCCUAGUUUGGUUGGCAAGCGUGUCAGAGAGUGGAACCGGGAUCUCGAUGAUGUUGAUUAUGGAUGUAGAGAGGGGGAUUUGGCGAGGGAUACUGUCAGAAGAAUGUGGUUUGUUUACCAGCGAUUUCUCAGAUAA